AAAUAUGGAGUACUUCAUUUAAUUACCAAGUUUAUAUUCCCUUUUUUUUUUCUUCUUAUCUCCAAGAAAAAUCAGUCACGCAGAAAAACCCAGGAAAAAAAAAACACCCAAUGAAAUCCCCAAAUCUUCAACCACAUCCACCGUAACUCUUCUUCCCUCCCUUUUUUUAGUUUCCCGAUCAUCAAUCAAAAACCCUAAUUUCAUCUUAAAAUUUCCAAAACCCCAAAACUUCCACGAAUUAGGGUUUCCAAAUUGGUCCAAAUGAAGGUCCACCCAGCACCAAAGAAGCGAAACAUAGCCUUACGAUACGACAUCGCAUCAUCACAGUCGGCAACAACUCCUUGUAGAGGCCAGAAGAAGCUUCGAAGACUCCCCCACAUCUUUGCGAAGGUUCUAGAACUACCCUUCUGUUCCGACGCCGACGUCGACAUCGAAGAAACAGUCAAUUUCUUCAAAUUCACGGUGUUUGACACGGAUGUGGCCUCCGAUGUGGUGGCGGAUACGGUUGAGAUACACCCAGGUGUCACGAAGAUAGUGGUCCGCAGUAAUUCGAUUGCUGACGUUGCGAUGACGGGGCUCGAGCUCGAUUUAUGGCGGUUUCGGUUGCCGGAGUGUACUAAACCCGAGCUGGCAACUGCAACAUACGACGGUGGCGAUUUGGUGGUGGUAGUUCCUAAGGAAGAAGAGGAGAGAGAAAAUGGGAGGGAGGUUGUUUGGGGUGAGGGCAAUCUGGUCCUUGUACAGUGAAAAAAUGGCAAAAACAUGGGAAAGUCAUUGCAUCACGGCUCUGUUACCUGGACUCCUCAUUUUAUCUCAAAUACCCGUGUCGGAUCUUCGACACUCAAACAUGGGUACGGGCUUCAGUUUUCUAUUCUUGUUUGUUGAAUUAGCUAUUCUGUAUUAAUAUGGGUUCUUACUUCUUAGUGAAUCUUGUUUGUCUCUCACUUUUUGGGCAGAUGACUCUACUGACAGUGGUGUAUCAGUGUAUGUGUGUGAUCUUCCUUUAAAACAAUAAAAAGAAUAAGCCUUGAUACGUGUGUGGGGUUAUGAAACGAACUCUUUUGUACAGAUUGUUUUGUGGGUAAAAUCUUUGUGAGAUAUGGACAUAAACAGGGCGUGGGGGGAUCAGAUUCUGUCUGUAAUGGGUCCGAUAGAUGAAAUUUUGGAGGGAACUUUUUAUCAGUGGAUGUUAUACUGAAUUACUGAUGCAUUGUAUCUAUACCAUCUUUCGACUUUA